AUCGAACAUGAUUCUCCACUUUCCACUACUUGUCUUCUUCUUACAUAAACCCAUAAGCCACCAAGUGAAAACAGCGCAACACAAACACAAUGUCUUCUCCUCCUCUCCUCUUCUUCCUUAUCUUACUCUCCGUCGCCUCCGCCAUCAAACUACCCCUCUCUCCUCUCUCCCACCACACAGACCAACUACCCAGCAACGAUCCUUACCUCUCUCUCCGCCGUCUCGCCGACUCCUCCAUCGCAAGAGCCCAACAGCUCAAACAACCCAGCUCCAUCAAACCCGACGAAAACGCUCUCUCCGCCCCCUCUGCAUCCGCCGCCGUCGUGAAAUCACCUCUUUCCGCCAAAAGCUACGGCGGAUACUCCGUCUCGCUCAGCUUCGGCACACCGUCGCAGACAAUCCCUUUCGUGUUCGAUACCGGAAGCAGUCUUGUCUGGUUCCCUUGCACCUCACGGUAUCUCUGCACCGGCUGCGAUUUUUCCGGGUUAGACCCGACCCGGAUCCCAAGAUUCGUCCCCAAGAACUCCGCCUCGUCGCGGGUCAUCGGGUGUCAGAAUCCGAAAUGCCAGCUUCUGUUCGGACCCAACGUUAAAUGCAGAGGAUGUGACCCGAAUACCCAAAACUGCACCGUCGCUUGCCCACCGUACAUUCUCCAAUACGGAUUAGGAUCAACGGCUGGGAUUUUACUAUCAGAAAAGCUCGAUUUCCCGGAUCUAACCGUACCCGAUUUCGUCGUCGGUUGCUCCAUUAUCUCGACCCGACAACCCGCUGGUAUCGCCGGGUUCGGACGCGGACCCGAGUCUCUCCCCGUGCAGAUGAAACUCAAGAGGUUCUCGCAUUGCUUGGUCUCCCGCCGGUUCGACGAUACCGACGUCAGCACCGAUCUGGAUCUCGAUACCGGGUCGGGUCAUGAUUCCGGGUCGAAAACUCCGGGUCUCAGCUACACGCCGUUUCGAAGCAACCCAAAUGUCUCCAACGCAGCGUUUCUCGAGUACUACUACCUCAACCUCAGGCGAAUCUACGUCGGGAGCAAGCGCGUGAAGAUCCCUUACAAGUUCCUCGCGCCGGGGCCCGACGGAAACGGAGGAACCAUCGUCGAUUCCGGAUCCACAUUCACUUUCAUGGAUCGACCCGUUUUCGAGCUCGUUGCUCAAGAGUUCGCGGCGCAGAUGUCGAGCUACAGCAGAGAAAAGGAGUUGGAGAAGAUCACGGGACUUGGUCCGUGUUUCAAUAUCUCCGGCAAGGGAUCAGUUACGGUGCCCGAGUUGAUCUUCGAGUUCAAAGGUGGAGCUAAAAUGGAGCUGCCAUUGUCUAAUUAUUUUACGCUUGUCGGAAGCGUUGAUAACGUCUGUUUAACGGUUGUGUCCGAUAACACCGUGAGUUCCACCGGUGGAAGGAGUGGGCCGGCGAUUAUUCUCGGGAGUUUUCAGCAACAGAACUAUCACGUGGAAUACGAUUUGGAGAAUGACAGGUUUGGGUUCGCGAAGAAGAAGUGUGUCCAGUGAGUUUCCAGGGGUAGAUUUGGAAAUUUAACUUUCACAAUGAUGAUUUAAUUUCUUUCCUAAAUAAAAAAGAGUUGUUAACUGUUUAUAAAUAUGUUUUAUGAUUGAUACGUUUACAUA